AUGAGUUUAGCUCUCAUCGGUUUAAUCAUUGCAUGUUUAACAGCAAGAGAAAAACCACUGAAAACUCUUCGUCUACAUGCACCAAAGAGUCAUUUUCUAACAAGUCUAUUUGAACAAUUAAAAUCACAAUUUAAAUACCAUUCAAAAACGACGGUGACAACAGAAAAUUAUCCUAACUUUGAUUUCACAAUUCAGCCUCGUUUAGAAUGUUUACAAUUAUGUUCACUUGAUCGUUCAUGUCGAAAAAUAUUUGUUAAAAACUAUUUCUUUCUAUGUUCUUUUGUGAAAAUUUUUCGAUUUGAACAUUGUUGGGAUUCUGAUAAUGAACUGGAAACAUUUGAACUCAUUCAACAUGAAAAAUUAAAACAUUUAGAAUUGACCGGGAUAAAAUUAGACAAUGGGCCAUUAUAUUAUUUAAAUGGAGCAUUGAAACUCGAACCACAAUCGACAUUAUCAGCUGCGAAACCAAUGGAUUGUUUAGCGUUUGAAUUUACGUAUGAUUCGAUUUCAGGUACCGGUGACGUUAUCGAUCAACAACUAUUUGAUUCAAUCAGAUACCAUAGAGGGAUAAGAUCGAUUCGUCUGCAUAUGCCAUGGAAUAUCACAUACACAUCAUCAAUUAAAUAUCGAUCACGGUCAUUAACAGCGCUACGAAGAAUACCAGCAGGUUGGAUUUCUCAUCGAAGUUUAUCACAAUCAACACUCCAAAUAACACACGAUUUUUCUUUAACUGUUUAUCAAUUAUUUGAUAUUCUUAAAUAUAAUCAACCAUAUUUAGAAGAGUUUGAUUUAUUUUGGUUCGAUACACCUACUCGAUAUCGUCGAAUAACAACUACAAAAAGUACAACCUAUUUUAAUGAAUUAAUUAUCAAAAUAUUAACCAAUUGUAAAAAGUUAAAUAAACUCAAAUUACAAAUAACUCUGUCUUCCAUUGCAUUUCACCAUUUAUGUUUAAAUAUUUUAACUCAAAAUUUAUUACAAAAAUUAAAUUUAUUCUCUGUAGAUUUAUCAUUUUUGACUAAGAAUCAUCAUUCAUCUAAUCAAUUUCAAACUACGUUAAAAUUAUGUACGAAUUUACAAUAUCUUAUUUUGACAUCGUGUACGAUGGGAAAUUUGGGUUUAAAUGCAAUACAAAAUGCAAUUGUUGAUGGACGUUUUUCACCUAUAUAUCUAGAUAUCAGAGAGAAUCAAUUGACAUUUCAAACACUCAUUGAAUUUGGGCACAAACUAAAAAUAUUCUCUCUCAAUCAACAAAAUACAAUUAGAAUUUUACUGUUUUUAGAGACAAAUUUUACCAGACAUCAACAAGAUAUUUUAACAACCCUAUUUAGUACAUGUAUACAAUAUUCUUCAUCAAAUUCUUCUUGA